GAUGUCGUAUCGCUCUCUGGCUGUACGAAAAAUAACAAUACGCUGCAUUGUAUUCCGAUAUUUUAACGCCUCAUUUGUGUUUACAGCAUAGAAACAACAAUUUCAACAUCUUUCAACAAGAAUACAUUGUUGACCCCUUCCUAUUCUUUAUUUUUCCCUUUAUUAUUUCUCUUUAGUUCCUUUAUUUUAGCCGGGAAAACGUAAACGCCGGUUGGAUGUAAAUUUUUCUGUGUAUUACGCAUUGACACUGAGUGUAAUUUGUUGUUUGGUGACGGUUUAGACUGUCCAGUAACGUGGAGACGUAUCGUAGUGUUAUGUUUAUUGGUUUUGUUGUUUUAUUUCUUAUUUAACUACACCAACAACCGAGGUGUGGUUGUCAACACGUGGAAUAUCGAUCGCUCACCGACUCAGAGGAUUGCAGGAUCAAGGUCAUCACAUAAACCCUGACAUUGAAAAGAUAAACUGUUGGGAUUGAUUGGAAGACGUUGACUUGUGUGGAAACAAAGGUUUACAUUGUCUAAAGGUGAACGAUCGUGCUUCAUUCAACGUGAUUCUACAGAUUUGUCUGAACUAAACAACGAGCCAAGCUGGCCGCCAACCAUGCAUUAGAUAUCGAAGAAACGAUAUCGAAACGGAUGCAGGUUUCCUGAAGAUGGCCUCACGCACCCCGUCCCUUGAGUCGCUGCCCGGUGCUAACUCGAUAGGUUCGCUGGAGCGUGGCUCCUUAUCGCCUCUGACCCUCAGCGGCUCCUCGCCUCCAGCGAGUGACUCCGCCGUAUGUGACCUUCGCGAGUACGACGGACUCGACACAACCUGCGCAAUUUGCCGAGAAACAUUUGUUGAUCCCAAGGUUCUGAAUUGCUUUCACACCUUUUGCCGGGCUUGUCUGGAGAGAGAACAAACGCAUCCAGAAAAAGUGACUUGCGUUACUUGCCGCGUGGACAGCCAAUUACCACCAAGUGGUGUUGUUGGUUUACUCACAAAUCUGGUGAUUGCAGCGGCAGUCGAGCAAGAAGCUGAUCUUCUGCCAUCUACCCGUCAAACUAAUUCGCCAUCUGCUCGUUGUACCGGCUGCAAAUCCAAAGAGUCAGACGCAGUAGCACGUUGUGUAGACUGUGCUAAUUUCCUGUGCCCUAACUGCGUCAUGGCUCAUCAAUUUAUGCAUUGUUUUGAAGGCCACCGAGUGUUGGCAUUCAAUGAAUUAAAAGAUGAUAAGGGUAUGUUUGGAUCUGCCCUAUCAAUAAGUGGAGAUAAAACAGCUUUCUGCCCCAAACACAAAAACGACAUUCUAAAAUAUUUCUGUCGGACAUGCUGCGUACCAAUAUGCAAAGAAUGUACAUUAAUCGAACAUCCUGCUGGGUUACAUGACUAUGAACACCUGUCUGAUGCGGGACCCAAACAAUUAGAACUUAUGCAGCAAUCUGUAACUGAAGCUAAAACCCGUGCCACUGAAAUAAGGCAUGUAGUCAAGACUGUUGAACAUGCCGCAGGAAAACUACAAGUACAGUACCAUAAGGCUCAAAAUGAAAUCAAUGAUACGUUCCAAUUUUACCGAUCUAUGCUAGAAGAACGUAAGCAAGAAUUGCUAAAGGAACUUGAAAGUGUAUUUUCGACAAAACAAAUCGCUCUUACAGUAGUUGGACAGAAAGCUCAGGAAACAGUUGAUAAAAUUUAUCAAACUUGCGACUUUGUAGAGCGACUAACCAAAUGCGCAAAUAUUGCUGAUAUAUUAAUGUUCAGAAAAUUAUUAGAUACCAAACUACAAACAUUAAUGAGUUCGAAUCCCGAACAAAGUGUGCAAACUGCAUGCGAGUUGGAAUUUGUGUCCAAUUAUCAAGCGAUACAGGUUGGGGUACGAAACACCUUUGGUUACGUACGCUCGAGCUCAGAAGCAAAUGUUGGCCCUACGAAACAACCCCCUAUUGCGCGUCCCACAAAUGGCUCUCUUUUGAAUGGUGGGUCUUCGUCCAGCAGCAGUAGCGUUAAUGGAAGUUCUGGUAGUCUAAAUGGAGGAAUUCAUCUACCAGCUAGUCUGAAUGGGGUACUGGAUAGACCUUACACGAAUGGCUUGCUCGGGCCUACAAGCCAAUCAACAUCUCCUUUCGAGUCCAACAUUAUUUCUAAAAGAUUCAACAGUGCGACCAGUCUGGGCCCAUUUUCAACGGCUAUCGGUGAUAUAAACUUAAAUGGAAUAAAUCCAUAUGAGAAAUGGUCUAAUGGUGGUUGCGAACCAUUAUUCCCACCUGCAACCACGGAUCCAUAUUCUCUAUCAUCAUCUGCUCACAAUGAUCCUAUACUGGAGUUGACGAAUAAGCUAAUUUCAACUACUAUUUUCCCUCCUAAAUCGCAAAUUAAGCGACAAAAGAUGAUUUAUCAUUGCAAAUUUGGUGAAUUUGGAGUUAUGGAGGGUCAGUUCACAGAACCCAGUGGCGUCGCUGUGAACGCACAAAACGAUAUAAUUGUAGCUGAUACGAAUAAUCACCGUAUUCAAAUAUUUGACAAAGAAGGUCGUUUUAAAUUUCAGUUUGGAGAAUGCGGCAAACGUGACGGCCAGCUCUUAUAUCCCAACAGAGUUGCUGUAGUGCGUACAUCUGGUGAUAUUAUAGUGACUGAAAGAUCGCCUACGCACCAAAUACAGAUUUACAAUCAAUAUGGCCAAUUUGUACGUAAAUUUGGUGCCAAUAUUCUUCAGCACCCUCGUGGCGUCACUGUUGACAAUAAAGGACGUAUUGUUGUCGUAGAAUGCAAAGUUAUGCGCGUGAUUAUUUUUGAUCAAGUAGGCAAUGUUCUUCAGAAAUUUGGAUGCUCUAAACAUCUAGAAUUCCCCAACGGUGUUGUGGUCAACGAUAAACAGGAGAUAUUCAUUAGCGACAACCGAGCGCAUUGCGUUAAGGUUUUUAAUUACGAAGGGAUAUAUUUACGUCAAAUUGGAGGAGAAGGAGUGACCAACUACCCAAUUGGUGUUGGGAUCAAUGCUGCUGGAGAAAUUUUAAUUGCUGAUAAUCACAACAAUUUCAAUCUGACGAUAUUCACACAAGACGGUCAACUAGUGUCGGCACUAGAAAGCAAAGUGAAGCAUGCCCAAUGUUUCGACGUUGCGCUCAUGGAUGAUGGCUCAGUCGUACUGGCAAGCAAAGAUUACAGGUUGUACAUCUAUCGUUACGUGCAAGUACCUCCAAUAGGUAUGUGAGCCUCACGGUCUAAUCACAGGAGAUCGGAAUGACCGAACUAUAAAUCAAAAAUGGGCACCAUAAAACGCAAGUAACUGUAAUCGUAGUAAUAUACGACUAGCGAUUCUGGCCAAAAGUGUCAAUUUUUGAAAAGUUCAAGUGACUGUAACAGUGAAUAUGAAACGGAACUUGCUAAGUUUUUAUAUGUGCAAGUGUUAAUGAGUGGCUGUCUCGAUGUGAUCUAGUUGACUAACGACGGUAAUCUAUCUGCAUAUUUUCAGGCAAUGAGAUCUCUGUAAGCAUUAUAUCUAAAUGAAACUGUAUUGAGAUUAGUUGAUAGUAUUGACAUUGUUAUUCGAGUACCUAUUGAAGGAUAGAGAUUAUUCCGUUGGAUCGACCCAAACAUUACGAACGGUGUUCUCGACCCUUAUCAUUUUUUAAUCUAUUGAAUAAUAUUUUUUCAUAUCCCACAUCGUUAAAUUAGGGAUGAAUAUUAAGAGGGCAUUUGUAUUAUUUAGCCCAUUUGUUGGACCAAUAUUUUAACUAUUACUUAACAAAUUGUUAGCGUUAAGCGAGUGAUUUUAUCGUAAUAAGAGAGCAUCGAGCGGAUUGUUGUUAGUUUUAAGAGAAUUCUUCGGCACAAUGGCACUUCCUGUUUUUAAUUCGCACUUAUUCUGUGUCGAUUGAAAUAUGAUUAUGAAAUUAAGUAAGAAGUUGUUACAUUAUUAUUAUUAGAUAAGUGUUAAAUUGAUUGAGCUGAUAUGGACAAUCUUUAGUUACUACCCCUUUUUAAUGUAGUUACAAAAUUUUAGGGAAAUGUGAUGUUAGGGGUUUUAUCAAUGACAAAGUUGACUGCGGCGUUCCUUACGUUUUAUAAUAGAUUUUUAGUCAAUCUCACUAAAGAACUAUUACCGUAGAAAUCAAAUUACCAUAAUAUAACAUCACAAAAUGGCGAGAGAUCAAAAAUGUUUUAUGUAUCUCAGUUGACAGAACAUUCAACUUGAUAUCGUGAUUUGCAAAUGGAUCACGUACCGUGUUGAGUAUAUUAUAAAGCAUUUUAGAUUCUAUUAUCAAAUGCAGGCUAGAAGAGAUGGUUGUAGUUUAUUUUUUUUAAUAUGUCGGAUGUCCGUUAUUAUAUAUUUUAACCGAUAACAUUACCGCCUAGUCACUGAGAGCCCACGGAUCUUAGUUUCUUCAUGUUGUUUUUAACGAUUAGUAACAUUUGGUUGAUAAUAAUAUUAUUCGUUUUUAUACAAAACUAGUAUUUUGUAAUUUUUUUUUAUAAUGAAUAUGGUAGUAACUAGUGGAGCACUUUAGAAAAUGUUGUCUCUCUAGAUUUUACAAACGAUGAUUUUACUGAGAUUUUAGCUGAUUUUAAUGAUUUUUACUACUUGCAUUAUAAGCUCACACCUUUAAAAUAUAAUUAUACAAUUUGUUAUACUGGUAAGAUAUUUUUUAUAUGGAAACAUUUUUAUUUUUGUAGUGGUAGUUAAUGGUGCAUGUGUAUAUUUAAAUCUUUUUUUAUUUCGUAUUUUAUUAAUAUUAUGCUACAAUUUUCUACUUCAUUGCCGUGUGUUGUGUGCUAGCAGAAUUAUUUUAGUUCGAUUUUCAUUAGUUUUGGUUUUUAGUGAAUAAUGAUUUUUAGUAUUUUUUCGCUGAAUCUAUGACAAUAAAAAGAUCUGAAACGGCCUCUCGUUGCAGGCCUCGUUCACAGUCUUAAUUUUUGAUCUGCAUUUGUGUACUAGGUUACGUGUUUUAUUUGGUGAUAUUCCUUUAUAUUUUAAUAUUGAAGACACGUCGGCCAAUGAACUAACUUGACACUGUGACUUUGCAAUACCUGCGUUGCAUGUGCCAUACGAUCAUGUUGUGAUUUAAUAAGUGAUAUUUAGUGUUUUGUAAAUAUGUACCAUAUUCUGUUUUAUUGAAUUUAAUCAUAAGGCCUACCUGUAAUGGUUUCAUCUAAUGAAUGAGUCAUUAGUGCAAGUCAGACCUCAUGGUACAAUGAUGAUUAAGGAGUAAUGAAUUUACGAAUUUAAUACCGUCGAGGAAGCACCUUAUAAAUUGUGUUUCUUGCACAUACUUGCACUGUUACAUUUUGGGAAUGGACGUUUCUUGAUUGUUUCACCUCUGUAUCUUGCAAAUCACAGUGUGUUCAGUGAACACAUAGCUAGACGUGUCUUUGAUCGAAUAGUUAAAUAUUAAUUAAACAUGCUUCCCACUAGAUUAGGUGUAUUACAAUUUAGCAUGAAAUCUUAGAGUCCAAAUUUCAGUGAUUUGUCACCAAUGAUUUUAUAUAUAGACUGGUCUCUGUUCCUAAUAAAUUUAAACAUUCCUAAGAUUAUAUCUAUGACUGUAUUACGCUUAAUCUACUGGUUACUGAACUUAAUUAAAAUUAACAUGUAAUAGACAAUCUGUUGCCGAAGACAAAUCUACUUUACCUCAGUUUAUUCUGCCGAAUUGGUCACAUUUUUAAUGCAUGACAUUUAGUUAUUAUAUUUUAUCGUAUAUAUAAAAUUAUUAUGUUCAUGAAUUUAUAUGUAUCUUUAAUGUAUAUUACUUUUAAUAAUUCGCCUUAACAAACUGAGGUUACGCUAGUAUUGGAUAUACAUUCUACUUAGAUAUAAAUUCUUCGUGUUUUAUUCUGAAAAUUGUAAUGUAAACACCAAAAACUAGUAUAUUAAACGAUUUGGUGGGCUAUAUUACUGUUUUGGAAUAAAUCGUUUUGGUAACAAUAUACGCUUCUACUUAAUUGAUCAUUAAACGUAUUAUAUUUAAAUUAAGUAGGUAUAACAUAGUGAUUCAUUAAGGUUUGAAAAUUAUGACACCUAUGUUGUAAUGCCCCGAAGCCCUAAGCUCGCUCAUACUCUUUCGAGUAAUUCUUUUUAAGUUGCGGCGAGAUUCCACUUGAUAAAAAUCCAUUAACAAGUUCCACACAUUUUUAUCACGAAAAUGCAUGCUCUAUCACGCCAUUGUAAGUUGUUGAUGGAUUUCCAUUGAGUCGGACACACGCUUAGUUAUUUUUUAUUUAACCUGAGUUCUGAGGUUA